AGACAAAUGACAAUGUACUUUCAAGUGCACCUGGAGUUUUGCUUCAUAGAGAUGGCGCCUUGGAAACAGGCAAAAGAUCACCAAUUCAGGAAGAAAUACCAAUGGAAUGUCCGUCAUGAGUUCUGGAGUCUGUAUGGCCUCUUUUAUUCACCACAUGCGGCGGCCUUCUUUCAGAUACUCGUGACAUGUCGUUGGUCCUUCUUCGGCCCCCAGCCGACCAAUAUCCAUGACAUCCGAUGGCGCUCGUUCCCUCACCGUUUCAUGGGGACGCCCUCGUCGUAUCCUGAAUAGGCACUCACGCUGCAUUGGCUGUUUACUAUAGUGGUCUAGCUCGCAGACUAGGCAAGGCACAUAAACAUCACGUCAAGGUCGUUCAUUUUUUAGCCUCUCAUUCUGCCUCCAUCUUCAUCACUAUCUCGCUCGUGCAUCGCCCACCUUCCGCCGCCUUUUCGUCGUUUCUCUUUCCAUCCGCCUCAGAGUCUCACCUCUUCCUCAGCCUCACUUUUGGUUCUAAACCUUCUGCCAAUAAUCUUAACCCAUUUCUUGAUCGAAGCUUUGCGCUCAAUCUGAAUCCCUGUUCUUGAGGUUGCCACUUGGAAUAACGGGCUGGACUUGAGGACGCCGCAUCCUUCCGUUAUCCAUCGUCUCCGCAUCGUCAGGAGAACCGAGCCAAACUUGCUCUAGAACCCCCCAACUGACCGCGUGACAAAAGCACAACCACGGGCGACAACGGCAAACAACUCAGCGUAUGCUAGAGACCCCCUCGCUUUUCGAAUUGUCUCCAAUUUACUGGCCAUAUCGACCGGUUUUCUGGCAGUGUUGGUCCCGGGUUGUUAUGGGCUCGCGCCUCAACCCCAGUCAAUAAUCGAUUCCCAUCGACUUCGCCCCCUCGCCAAUCUCUUCACCUCUCUGUUGCCGCGAUUCUAUCACAGGACUUCAGGACGAUAAAGUCAUGGCUGCGACCGUUGCGCCCUCACAUGCUGGUGGCCUACCAUCGUCAUCGGGAAUCCCUGCGCCCUCGCAUUCCGCAAACUCUCACUCACAUGCCCAAGAUGCUCCGAGUGGACCAACAUCUCCCACCCCAAGUCCAUUACCACAAACCCGCAAAUUCAAUCUUCGCGACUUCAGACGAGUUCGCACACUAGGGACAGGAACAUUUGCUCGGGUCUGCCUCGUCCGUCCCGCCGCAACUGCGCAUAUCCCCCUUGACCAUCAACUCAACCCCGAAGUCUACGCCCUCAAGAUCCUACGGAAACCAGAAGUCAUCCGUCUCAAACAAGUCGACCAUGUCCGACACGAACGCGCUAUUCUCGCUGAUGUCGCAGGUCAUCCUUUCAUCACAAACCUAAUCGCCUCCUUUUCCGACCAAGAUUCGCUCUACAUGCUGCUCGACUACGUUCCUGGGGGAGAGUUGUUCACAUAUCUUAGAAAGUUACGACGCUUCGAAGAAUCUGUCGCACGCUUCUACGCCGCCGAGAUUGUUCUUGUUCUGGAGUACUUGCAUGAGCAGCAAGGAGGUAUUGCCUAUCGAGACCUUAAACCUGAAAACCUGCUUCUGGAUCAAGAGGGCCACAUCAAGCUUGUUGAUUUUGGCUUUGCCAAGCGACUUGGCUACCGUGAAGAUAACCGCCCUGUCGAGACAUACACCUUGUGCGGGACACCUGAGUAUCUCGCCCCCGAGGUCAUCCAAAACAAAGGUCACACAGGCGCAGUUGACUGGUGGGCACUGGGCAUUCUAAUAUAUGAAUUCUUGACGGGGUAUCCUCCUUUCUGGCACCAGAACCCCAUCGAGAUCUACAAGCAGAUACUAGAAAAGCCCGUUGUCUUUCCCCAAGACCCCCCCUUAUCAGAAGAAGCUAAGGAUAUAAUACGGUCCUUCUGCACCGUCGAUCGUUCUCGGCGCCUUGGUAAUAUAAGCGGCGGUGCAGCACGUGUGAAAUCCCACCCUUUCUUCCAUGACACCAACUGGGAUGACAUUUUCAACCGUCGACAAAAGGGCCCCAUCCAGCCCCCGAUACGAUAUCCGGGCGAUGCACAAUGUUUCGACGUCUACCCCGAGGAUGACGGAUCUCGCGAGCCUUAUGGCCGCGAGAUGGCGGAGAAAUAUGACCCAUACUUCGCUGACUUCUAAUCACCCGAACCAGCCACCCACCUGGAUCGGAAGAUGGGUGCCGACGUAUCUCGUCAUGCCAAACGUCCAUUUAAUACAUGAGAAUUACUCGGCAGUCAGACUCUACUCCAAAUAUGCAAAAACGCAUACAAGGUGCCCAAAUGACCCUUGAGAAUGAACAUACACACAAUGACGAAUUACGAUUCAACGCCAGAAACAUCGGUUCUUAAAUCAGCAUUUCUAUUAAGCGUUUAUGACCAAUGUCUGGAGAACAGCGUUUGACUACGAAUAAUGACUUCGAUGAGGAGAUAGGAGAUACUAUACUACACUACUCCUUGGUAUCCAAUAUUCGUUUAACUCCAUUGCUUUUUACGUCUUUUUACCUUGUGCAAGCGAAUGGUUUAGCUCAUGGCAUCUGAGUUGUAUAGGCAGUUAUAGCACCUGAAGCUUUCUAUUACCCGCACAUCUGAUACUCGUUUCUCGGGGCCGUGAAAUGUGUGGCGAGACAGUGAAGGAUAAUCUUGCACAUACCUCAUUUCCUGUUCAAUGAAUUUAUUUGUUAACGCUGUUUGCCUUUGGUUGCAAGCAGUGAAACUAAUACAAUACUACGUCUUUGCAUACAUGAUGUUUGAGUGCUUUGCCUGCUGCCAUAUACUAUCUAAAUGAGUUGUAUCAACCAGCAAAUAAUAAAGUGAGCAACGGGGGAUAGCGACAGACACGCAGUCUUGCAUCACAAGCAUAGUACAAGACAACCCCACCGGGCCUUAGGGUGUUUGAAGUUGCUAGGUCUUCUUGCAAUUAUGUUUUCACAUCCCCCGAGACCAGAGAGAACAAUGCAGUAAAAAUGUGGCUCAGAACCGCCGGUACAGCCAGUACACACCUGCACCAAAAGCGAGUACUGUGGCUAGGAUACAGACACCCUGCUUAGUACUCCAGAGGUACAUGCUCCAGCCUGCCAUGACCUCCUUACGGCGUGCGGCGGCCCGGCGCUCCCAGGCCUCUGGGUCAAUUUCCAUAGGGAGUCGGGCCCGAGGGUCCUUGCUUACACCACGGUCCAGGUCUGACGGCGGGGCCAUAUCACUCGGUGAAAUGAGGGGCACGUCGAUACGUAGGAACACUGGACGAUGAUCGCUCAUACGCAGUACUGGAAGACAGUCAUAAGCACGAACGUUGAACUUGGGGUCCUGGCUAUUCCCUUUUUUGAGCCAUGAAGGUACGUCGAGAAAUAGGAUCCGAUCUGUCCAACCUGGAUAGCGAUGAACUGCAAAUUUCCAGGGCACGUCAAGCUCGGGCUCUCGCGUGCCAGGUCGUGGUGGUAACACAUCGUACUUGUAAGUCGGUGGGAAGCGCACCUCGUGCUCUGAUAACCCAUGUAAAGUGCGGCCAGCGUUACGCUCACGGGUAAGCUGAUCGAGACGGAAAAAAUCUGGAUAGUAGUUCUCCGACUCCGGAUCUAGACUGGGGAAUGUAGCGGAAGGGGGCGGGGACGUGGUGGAUAUUCUAUAAUUUAGAUCGCCGGCAACAAAGAGGAAUGAUGAGGGCCUGAAAACGGAGAUGUUGUGCAACUGUUGUUGAAGUUGUGAGUGUUGCUCGUUGUGUUCAUCAUCGAGGAGGCGCGCACGCUCGGGCUCGUCUUCGGCAGGUGGUGUUGAGGCUGGAGAUGGGGUGGCAGAGGUCUUGUAGCUAUUCACAACCACUUCUGGGUUUUCAAAAGCCAUACCACGCAUUAUAGCGGCCCAGUUGGCAUUACGCCGGGGCAAGUUCCAUUCCAUAGCCGCCAGAUGUGUUGCGACAAAAGUCAGCUCAGAUGAGCCACCAUCAGCUUCAUAAAGCAUGCGUAGACCGACAGCGCCCUUGUUCCCUAUCUCAGCGGCCCCAAACCCAACUUCCGCCUCUUGAAUAUUCUUUAGCCUCGAAGGCUCGCGAGCGAAGAGCAGUAUGGCGGUGUAGCCAACAUUUUUGGCUCGCACAAGUGUGUAUGGCUUCGAGGGGAGGGCGGUGGGCGUAGUGUUGACAGUCUCGCUAUUUCGACUCGAUAUAUCAUCAAUAAUAUGUUGAGCGGCGAUAUUGAUGGCUUGUUCGUAUCGUGAGAGGUAUGGGUUCAAGAAGUAACCACCAAUGAAGGAGUACGCCAAGGGUGCCACCUCCUGUAGCGAGCUGCGAACAGAACAUGAAUCAGUACAAGAUAUCCCGGUGCUCUAUGUAGACCUUGUGCUGAUCGUGUCUCGAGUCCCAUGACUGUCGAAGCUAGCAGCGUAUCGAGGGCGUUGGUAACCUGAUCGCCUUCGGAAGAGACGAAGAGGAUUGCGGCUUACAGAACAACAACCUCUGGUAAACCAGUUGCGUUUUGACGAAAGGCGGUUUGCAAAUGGCUGCCGAAGACGGGAAUAUCGAGAAGAUUCUUGGCACAGUUGAACGUGAGGUAUAAGAGGUCAAUAGAAGGGGGGGUCAUGGUGGAUGGAGCGGAGGAAGACGACAGCUUGGAUUGGGAAGUCGACGUUGAUGUUGUAGUCGUGGAUUUGGUUACUGAAGUCGAUGCCGCCGUUGCAACGCACGACAUUCAGGUCUCGUUGUAAAAAGCGCGAGACGGUCAAAGGUCUUGCAAGGAUGAAGAAGAGAAUUGGUAAGAGAGGAACCAACUAACUUAAGAAACUAAAGAGAGACAAGAACAAGG